AUGGUUUCCGCACAUGUGGGGAUGUCGCCCAAGAUCCACAUCUGGAACACCGGGGGUUCGGGAGAAUCAAACGCGAGCCUGUCUGGAUUGCGCAACAUUCUGUCGUCGUUGCCCCCGAUGCUAGAUGCGGUAGAAGGGCAGACGGAGUUUCGGGCGCCCGAGUGGCUGGCGGGGCCCAGGCAACGGUCGGCGGAAGAGGCGAAGGUUGGGGACGGACCGAGCGGAACGGCGCCGGCCACAUCCAAUAAGGCUUCCGACCACGUCAUCCGCGUUUAA